AUGAGCGCCUACAAUUUAGAAAAAGACGACACUGUGUAUCACAAAUUAGACACUAUACAAUGUGAUAUCCCAAUAAAUGAAGAAUUAAAAGCUAGGAUAAACAAACAUGUCAACCAAUUGCGGGUUUCCUAUUCGACAUUAGAAGAAUUUGUUGAUAAUUUUGUAUAUGAAUUGAAAAAAGGAUUGGAGGCACAUCGUAGACAUCCAAAUUUGUGGAUUCCACACGAAUGUUCAUUUAAAAUGUUAGAUUCAUGUAUUUCGGAUAUACCUACAGGACAAGAAAAGGGUACCUAUUAUGCAAUUGAUUUUGGUGGAACAAAUUUCCGAGCUGUGAGAGCUUCCUUAGAUGGAAAUGGAAAAAUAAAAAGAGAUCAGGAAACAUACAGCUUAAAAUUUACAGGUACAUUUUCACAUGAAAAAGGAUUAUUAGAUAAACAUGCAACUGCCUCGCAAUUGUUUGAUCAUUUUGCUGAAAGAAUAAAAUACAUCAUGGGAGAAUUUAAAGAUUUAGAUAACAAGGAAGGAAAAAAUGUUGGUUUUACAUUUUCAUUUCCAUGUACUUCUCCAUCAAUUAAUUGUUCUAUUUUAAUUGAUUGGACAAAAGGAUUUGAAACAGGAAGAGCUACAAAUGAUCCUGUAGAAGGUCGAGAUGUAUGUAAACUAAUGAAUGAUGCAUUUGUAAGAUCAGAAAUACCUGCAAAGGUUUGUUGUGUUGUUAAUGAUGCUGUUGGUACACUUAUGUCAUGUGCAUAUCAAAAAGGAAAAACAACACCCCCAUGCUACAUUGGAAUAAUUUUAGGAACAGGAUCUAAUGGAUGUUACUACGAACCAGAAUGGAAAAAAUAUAAAUAUUCUGGAAAAAUUAUUAACAUAGAAUUAGGAAAUUUUGACAAAGAUUUACCAUUAUCCCCAGUUGAUUUAGUAAUGGAUUGGCAUUCAGCAAACAGGAGUAGACAAUUAUUUGAAAAAAUGAUUUCAGGGGCCUACUUAGGAGAAAUUGUGAGGAGGUUCAUGGUUAAUGUUUUACAAAGUGCUUCAUCAGAGAAAAUGUGGAAAAGUGAUAGCUUCAAUUCAGAAUCAGGUAGUGUAGUAUUAAAUGACACUUCAAAAAAUUUCGACGAAAGUAGAAAAGUUGCAAAGGCUGCAUGGGACAUGGAUUUUACAGAUGAACAAAUGUAUGCAUUACGAAAAAUAUGUGAAUCAGUAUAUAACCGUUCGGCUGCUCUAGCAGCAGCUGCAAUAGCUGCUAUAGCUAAAAGAAUUAAAAUUAUUGAACACUCCAAAUUUUCUUGUGGUGUAGAUGGAUCUCUAUUUGUCAAAAAUGCAUGGUACUGUAAAAGGUUAAAGGAACACUUAAAAGUUAUUUUAGCCGAUAAGGCAGAAAAUUUAAUUAUUAUUCCUGCAGAUGAUGGAUCAGGAAAAGGUGCUGCCAUAACUGCUGCGGUCGUUUCUCAAUCAACCAGUAUUAAGCAGUUGCCUUAA